AUGACGACGAAGAUCGGCUCGACGACGCAGUGGCGCCAGGUCACCAGCGCGAACAGCAUCGUUGUGACGGACUUCUACGCCGACUGGUGUGGUCCCUGCAAGAUCAUCGCGCCGACAUUCGACUCCCUCGCCACCAAGUAUGCCAAGCCCAACCGCAUUGCGUUCGCCAAGGUCGAUGUCGACAACCAGCGCGAAAUCGCGCAGCAGUACGGCGUGCGUGCCAUGCCCACGUUUGUCAUUCUUCGCAACGGCUCGGUCAUCGACACGAUCCGCGGCGCCAACCCGCCCGCGCUGACGUCGGCCGUCGAAAAGGCCGUCAAGCUGGCGACGGGUGGCGGUGCCAGCUUCUCGACGCCCGGCCGGACGCUCGCUUCGAGUGGCGGCGGCAGCAGCACUGCGACCGGCAUCCGGGUCGGUGGAGGCUCGACGACCGGCGGCGGCCCCAUCCAGGGCCGCUCGGGCUGGUUCGAUUUGCGCAAGGUUUACAGCUUCUUGACCAUGUUCAUUGGCCUCUACCUUACGUCGUUGUUUUCGCUCGACCCAUACAUGUCGGCCAAGAACUCCAAGUACGCCGCCGGCCAGCCGACAGCGCCCAUCCGCGUGUCGUCGGGCGCGCCGUUUGGCGGCCGCCAGUUCGUCCCCGUCGGUGCUGGCCAGUUUGGGCCGCUGGGCGGUCCCUCGGGCACCGGCCGGGUGGACAGCCCGUCGACAUCGUCAUCACAGCCGAGCAGCAGCAGCAACAACAGCGGCAAGUCCAAGUCGACCUUCAAGACGUUGGCUGACCUGGGCUCGGAGUAG